UGCGAGUAGUGGACGGGUCGGCGCUCGGCGGUACGCGGGUCUCACCGCGCCGAGCUUCACGCCGGCCGCUGAGAGAUAAACAAGCUGUUCAGGGGCAGGCGGGCGGCUUGGGUGUGCUGCGCCGUUUAUCCACUAGCAUUCAUGGCUGAAGAAGAGGAAGUGGAUAACACAGUGACCUCGGAAGUGCACCAUUUCUCGAAGGAGGAGACCCUGAAGGGUGGUCGGGAAGGAGGAAGCUACAGGAACUUGAGCGAGAAAGGAGAAGUAGGGACAUCAUCUGACCUUGGCUGUGAGGGGCAACAGGAGCAGGAAGACGAGGAAUUUGAGUGUUUAUUGGGAGCUAACGGGCAAGUUGUUCUUUGGAGCCCAAGAAGGGAAACGGUGCUCUCAAGAUUUGACUUUGCGUACCCACCUGAUCUCCAAGCCCAAGACAGGAGCCCCAACUCCUGCCCCCAAGUGGAUUCAGAUGGAGAUCUUGUGGUUACCAGGAGGAAGGAUCUACACCUUCAGGAGGGUAUAGUUCUUAUAGAGCACCAAAAUGCUACAACAUUGGACUUGGUGGGAGAACAGGUGUGGCGAGGAGCUCUCUUCCUUGCAGACUUCAUCUUGCACUACAGUGACAUCUUCAGAGGCAAGCAUGUCUUGGAAGUGGCCUCAGGAGUUGGCCUCACAUCUGUGGUGGCAGCCAUGCUGGCAAUAAAGAUUACUGUCACAGAUGUUGAUAAGGGUGAAAUAUUAGAGCUCAUUCGUCGUAAUUUGAAGAGAAAUGAAGAUGUGCUUAAGGCAGAAGUCUGUGUAAAAGAAAUUGAUUUCUACAACCAUGACACCAUAGAUGAUCUCCAAGCCAAUAACAAAGAUGUGUCUGUCAUCUUGGCUGCAGAUGUUGUGUACAACAAUCCCCUGACUGACGCAUUCUUCAGCACUGUACUGCGUCUCAUGAGUGACCCGCCCGAAAAGACCAUGUUCAUUGCUCUGGAGAAAAGGUAUGUUUUCACUAUGGAGGACAUGGACUCUGUUGCUCCAUGUUAUGAAUACUUCCUUGAUGGUCUGGAGUGGUUACGCUCUCAGAGGACUGAUCACAUUGAGUGGACAGUUGAGGAACUGCCUUCAGAUUUUGAGCAGUAUUUUACUUAUGAACGUACACGUCACUUAGUACUAUGGAAAAUUAAUGCAAAGCUUAAACAACCUUAGAAACUUAUUUCUAUGAACAUUUUGCCACUUUUAUCUUUGCAUCUCAAGAAAAAAUCAGAAAAUAGAUGUGGAGAGGUAAGAAGGAAAUAGAAUUUUCUUUAAUAUUUUGUGAGAGAAGCAAAGUUAGGAACUGAUUUUUAUCUCUGCCUCUAUUCCUUUAGAUCACUUUUUAUGAUGUAUAAUACAAAUAUAUAUUCUCAAUUCCUAUGCCUCAGGAUUGAUAAUUUUAGAAAUGCCAGGGAACUGUAGUACAUAUGUUUAUAUUGUAUAAUCAAUAAUUUUUCUCUGAUUAGCUUAACUACCUGUUUCCUUAAUUCUUGCUGUAGUUAUCUGGUUGGGUUAUAGAGGAGGGUGGUGCUUGCCUAAGGUGAAUUUCUAGAUAUGUGGUUUAUUUCUAGAUAUGUGCUAUAUAAACAUGUAGAUUUAUUAUAAUUUUCAUCAGCAUUAUAAAAGACAAGUUUUAUGCCUAUGGUAUAUGAAUCUGCCUUAUCAUGCUAGUCCUGCAUCCUUCCAGCUCAUAGCUGUUACUGAUCACCAGUGAAGUGUACAGUGAUUGUAAAAAUGUCUUAUACUUCCACAUUUUUACUGUGUGUUGUAAAAGAUAACUAAAAGGGACAGAUUGAUAACACUGGACUCCCUCCUGUGUAUUUAUUAUGAGAUAAGGCAUUGUUUAGAUGGUGAUCUCACUAAUUCCCUAUAAGAAGGAUGUCAUUCAGAUGUAUAGGUAGAUAUGUAUGUAUUUUGAUACUGUACAGUGGUGGUUGAUGUGUUUAACUACAGUACCCAACAACUUUGCUAUAUUUUCUGAAAAUUAGUAUUUUUACAUAGUUUAUAUACAAGGAAUUAACUUCAUCCUCUUGGCCAGCAUCACCUUUAGAUAAUUGUGACACUGCCAUGUGGGGAUGACAAAUUGCUGGCAAGGGUCAGCUUCACAUGCCUCGGUGAACAUACUGUUAUGUAUCUUGUCUGAGUGUGAUGGUAGGUUCACUUAUAUUCAUAAAGGAAGUAUAUCCUUUAAUAUCACAGAAAUUGUGUUCCAAAUAAUUAAGAAAUGCUAUUCAAUAUGUGAUUCAAGUUAUGAGAUACUAGUCAGGAAAGUGAUAUUGAUCUAAGAAGUUAGGUUUCUGGUCUGUAAAGAAGUGUUAAGGUAGCAGUUGAUAUGUAAUCCUUCAUGAAAUGCCUCAUUACCAGAAAAUUAUGCAUCAAAAUUAGGAGCAAAUUAAACCUACAACUAAACUGGGGGAGUGCUAACAUUAUGCACAUUGUAUCAAGAAAUUGGCAUUCAAGCUUUUGUCAGGCAUUAACUAGGAGAAAGAAAGGGUAGUUCUAUAAUCUUGCAGUUUUGGUGGAGGUGCUUAAUUCAUGUAUAUUUUUUUUUAUCCCAGUGAAGUUAGAUUUUAUAGUCUGUGAAGGAAUGUAUCAAACUUGAUAGAUAAAAUAAAUUUUAACAUGCUUCUUUUUACUGGAAGCUUAAGGCCAA